GUUUAUAAUCUAGGAUACAACUGCACGUCGUACCGUAUAAGUCUUUGGACGUCGUGAAAAUUUUGGUUAUUUCAUCACACUUAAAUAAUCUCUCUAACUAUGUCUGAUUGGGAUACAGUGACUAUUCUUCGAAAGAAACCACCAAAGGCAUCGGCACUAAAGACAGAACAAGCCGUUAAUGCUGCACGUCGUCAAGGUUUACCAGUAGACACUCAACAAAAAUACGGUGCGGGGACUAAUAAACAACAUGUUACAACAAAAAAUACUGCAAAACUCGAUAGAGAAACAGAAGAGCUUAGACAUGAAAAAGUACCCCUCGAUUUAGGAAAGCUUAUAAUGCAAGGACGACAAGCUAAAGGCAUGAGUCAAAAAGAUUUGGCCACAAAAAUAUGUGAAAAACCACAAAUCGUAAAUGACUAUGAGGCCGGUCGUGGUAUACCUAACAACAUCGUUCUUGGUAAAAUAGAGAGGGCAAUUGGAAUAAAACUAAGAGGAAAAGAUCGCGGCCAACCGCUACAGCCUCCUGGUGGAAAAAAAGUAUAGCGGAUCCCCUAGGAGGCGAAGAUUUCUCCGAUUACUUUAUUGCAUAAUAUUUCUCAUUUUUGCUGUUAAAGGUAUUUUUCUUAUAUAAAAAUACAGUUAAAUAUUCGAUAUAAUGGUGAAAAAUGUAAGCAUUUAUUUCUACUGUGUAGGUCAUGUCUGGAAUGUUCUCUAAUGUGAUGUUACCAUCGCGAAAAUGUUUACAAAUUUCAGCGAUUGUGAAACAUGGAUGUGAUAUGCAAUAAAAAUAGUUUUAUUUAUAA